GAGCCGCAACAGUGGUACUGACUUCCUAAACACAAGGCAUUGCUCAGGCAGCCGGUCAGUUUCUGUGUGUGGGCAAUACUCUGUCCUGUCAUAGGCACCAUGUCGGCAGAAGCACCAAUCCCCCUGAAUUUGGACAUUCGCGACCUGCAGAUCCAGACAGUCACUGUGGAGAAGCUGCUGGAGCCGCUGAUAAUCCAGGUUACCACACUUGUCAACUGUCCGCAGAACCCUUCCAACAGGAAAAAGGGACGCUCUAAGAGAGCCAGAGUUCUCCUGGCUUCUGUGGAGGAAGCAACUUGGAACCUGUUAGACAAGGGGGAGAAGAUCGCCAAGGAAGCAAGGGCUUUCAAGGAAGAGCUCACAGCUGCCCUCCAGGAAGUUCGCAGAGAGAGCAAUGCUCUGAAGGCGUCAGCCGAGAGAUUUACAGAUGACCCCUGUUACCUCCCGAAAAGGGAGGCUGUGGUUCAAGCCGCCCGCGCCUUGUUGGCAGCAGUUACAAGACUCCUUAUCCUUGCGGACAUGAUUGAUGUCAUGUGUCUCUUGCAGCAUGUGUCAUCUUUUCAAAGAACAUUUGAGUCUCUUAAAAAUGUUUCCAACAAAUCUGACCUCCAGAAGACCUACCAGAAGCUCGGGAAGGAGCUGGAAAACCUGGAUUAUUUAGCCUUCAAACGUCAGCAGGACUUAAAAUCUCCAGCCCAGAGGGAUGAAAUUGCAGGGGCGCGGGCCGCUUUGAAGGAGAACUCCCCGCUCUUGCAUUCCAUCUGUUCAGCUUGUUUGGAACAUUCCGAUGUUGCUUCGCUCAAAGCCAGCAAGGACACAGUCUGUGAAGAGAUUCAGAACGCUCUUGAUGUCAUUUCAAAUGCUUCCCAAGGCAUCCCCAGCGUGCCGGCGACUUCCGAACCUCAGGGGGCAACCCUGGGGAGUGCUCUUGAUGAGCUGGAGAAUUUAAUUGUCCUGAAUCCACUCCCAGUGACAGAGGAGGAAAUAAGACCAUCACUAGAGAAACGCCUAGAAGCCAUCAUCAGCGGGGCUGCCCUGCUGGCUGACUCUUCCUGCACCAGGGACUUCCACCGAGAGCGGAUUAUCGCCGAGUGCAAUGCCAUCCGCCAGGCUCUCCAGGACCUGCUGUCGGAGUAUAUGAGCAAUGCUGGAAAAACAGAAAAGAGUAAUGCCCUGAAUGCCGCCAUAGACAACAUGAGCAAGAAGACAAGAGACCUCCGCCGACAGCUCCGCAAGGCGAUUAUAGAUCACAUAUCAGAUUCUUUCCUGGACACCACAGUUCCACUCCUGGUUCUCAUUGAAGCUGCUAAGAACGGCCGAGAAAAGGAAAUCAAAGAAUAUGCUGCCAUAUUUCAUGAGCACACAGGCAGGCUCGUGGAGGUGGCAAACCUUGCUUGUUCCAUGUCAACAAAUGAAGAUGGGAUUAAAAUCGUCAGAAUCGCCGCAAAUCACCUGGAAACCCUGUGUCCACAGAUCAUAAAUGCUGCACUUGCUUUGGCAUCGCGACCCAAGAGUCAAGUGGUCAAAAACACCAUGGAAAUGUAUAAGCGCACAUGGGAGCAUUACAUACAUGUUCUCACCGAAGCAGUGGAUGACAUCACCAGCAUUGACGACUUCCUGGCUGUAUCUGAAAGCCACAUCCUGGAGGACGUCAACAAAUGCAUUAUCGCCUUGAGGGACCAGGAUGCUGAUAACUUAGACCGAGCUGCAGGUGCCAUCAGAGGACGAGCUGCAAGAGUAGCUCACAUCGUCACAGGGGAAAUGGACAGCUACGAACCAGGUGCUUACACCGAAGGCGUGAUGAGAAAUGUCCACGUCCUUACAAGCACGGUGAUCCCAGAAUUCGUGACACAAGUGAAUGCUGCCUUGGAUGCCCUAAGCAAGAACUCACUGACUGUUCUUGAUGAUAAUCAGUUUGUGGACAUCUCAAAGAAGAUCUACGACACAAUUCACGAUAUCAGAUGUUCGGUCAUGAUGAUUCGGACUCCAGAGGAACUAGAGGAUGUUUCUGACCUUGAAGACGAUCAUGAGGUCCGUAGCCACACCAGCAUUCAGACAGAAGGGAAAACUGACCGAGCUAAGAUGACUCAACUGCCCGAGGCAGAAAAGGAGAAAAUUGCCGAGCAAGUGGCUGAUUUCAAAAAGGUGAAGAGCAAGUUGGAUGCUGAGAUCGAGAUAUGGGAUGACACGAGCAAUGACAUCAUCGUUCUUGCCAAGAAGAUGUGCAUGAUCAUGAUGGAGAUGACAGACUUCACAAGGGGAAAAGGACCACUGAAGCAUACCACUGAUGUCAUCUAUGCAGCUAAAAUGAUAUCAGAGUCCGGAUCAAGGAUGGAUGUCCUCGCUCGGCAGAUUGCUAACCAGUGCCCAGAUCCACCGUGCAAACAGGACUUGCUGGCUUAUCUGGAACAGAUUAAAUUCUACUCCCACCAGCUGAAAAUCUGCAGUCAAGUUAAAGCUGAGAUCCAAAACCUGGGGGGCGAGCUCAUCAUGUCAGCCUUGGACAGUGUCACUUCCCUGAUCCAGGCAGCAAAAAAUUUAAUGAACGCUGUAGUACAAACAGUGAAGAUGUCGUACAUUGCUUCCACCAAGAUCAUCCGCAUCCAGAGUACGGCAGGGCCCCGGCACCCAGUUGUCAUGUGGAGAAUGAAGGCUCCUGCUAAAAAGCCCUUGAUUAAAAGAGAGAAGCCAGAAGAAACGUGUGCAGCUGUCAGAAGAGGCUCCGCCAAGAAAAAGAUCCACCCCGUUCAAGUCAUGAGUGAAUUUCGAGGGAGAGAUGUCUACUAAAGCCCUAGUCCACACAAGUGCCCAUUGCCACACCCCAGGCCAACCACACUGCUCUUUGCUUUCACAUAGUUACACUCAUAAAUAACAUAAAACUUUGGGGUUAGGCCAUUGUUCACAGUGUGUAUUUGGGUUCCUGCCAUUAUCAUCUCUCUAUAACCGGCACAGCCCAGUUAACUUACAGGUAGUACUAGGGAAUAGAAUUCACAUGUGUCAUCUUAGCCUUGCCCUCCACAGGGAAUAGCUUAUGAACAUUACAAAAUGUUUGGGUUUCAUGCACUCUUUAUCCUUGUGAGGGAAGCCACUUGUCAGAAGCUUUUCACUUGCUUUUCAUUAAACCCAAGAGAAUUUUAUCAACUAUUUUCCCAAUUAGUGUCCAUACUUUCUUCAGCAGACCUAACUUGGUACCUAACCUGCCAGAGACGUGUCGGUUUUGCCCAUUAGAAAGAAAUUUCAAUUUCUAGAUAUCCCUGCCCAUUAUUAGUUGUUCAGGUGACUAUAACCAAAUGUGUAUAGUCAAGCUUCUUACUAGAAUUUGAAAGUCAGCCAUGUUAUUAAAGAAGUACUUUGGUGACACGCCAAGGCCGAGAGACUUUGGAUGCUGUUUCCAUCUUUUAUUUCUAUGGCAUUCAGAAGGUCGGUACUCUUCAUGUUGUGCCUGGCCAGGCACACAUAUGUAGAGGUAUCAUCCAUUGCAGAAAUGAAUCUUUGUUUAUUGAUUUUUUUUCUUUGGUACUGGGAUCCAAGCAGCAUUUCACAUGCUGGGCAAGGACACAUCCAGCCCUUCUGUUAGAGAAAUGAGUCACUGAGUUAGAGCAUAGAGUAAGUCGACGAUGGAGAACGUGAACGGAAUUUUGCAUGAUUCUAAGAAUCUCUUUGAAUCAAUUUACAAUUGUAAUUAAAAUGAAAGACCAGUUUGCAAAGCCUUUUGGCACUGAGUGAAAUCUACCACCCAACAAUGAAGCUGAGUUAAUCACAAUGAGUUUGCAGUGAUUUUUAAUAUAAAUGUUACUGGGGUUAUUUUGUAUGUCCGUUGAGUUUGAUUAUCUAUAGCUGAGUUUAUGACGGACUCUGGAGUAGUCUGAGAGUGUGGGGCAUAAUUUUGAUAGCCCUUUGUCUUUCCAUCACUUCUUCCUCCCUUUUAUUUCCUUCUCUGUCUUCACACGCCGCUGUGUCUUAGCUGUGUUGGAGGAGAGACACUUCAGUUUCACCAUGCCACAGUCAAAGGAUGCUCUCUCCAUUUAUUCCAUUUUACUCGAUCAGAUCUCCUAUAAUUAAAGCUCUCCACUUUUACAACACUGCUCUUGAAAAGUCAUUUUGACACUUUCAAUUUAUCAAUAUUUCUAUAUGUAACAUAAGUUGAUGUUAAGAAGGCCACUUGUAUAUGAAGCAAAAGGAUUUAUAAAUGUUGGGAAUUCAUUGUUUAUUAUCUUGAACAAAAAAGAAAAGGUCAGCAGAUAAUUCUGUUAUUGAGUGAGUAGUAACUCUUUUAAUAUAUUAAUUUAUUUCAUUCUUCAAAAGUUCUAGGGUGGUUGCCUGGGAUCUUUAUAAAAGUUUGUAGGAGCUAGAGGAAGUUCAUUCAUUUCUUCCCUCACCAUGGGUUAAGAACUUUCCCAUAAUAAUAAUUAUUCUAGGCAAAGUGUGUUCUCACAAUGAGAUGCAGAGAAGAAGGGCAUUCGGUCUUCUAAGCAAUGUUGGCAUAACUGAGACAAAUAGAGGCCCUUUGUUAUUGAAAUGCUACCAUAGUAUUCUGUACUCACUAGAGAUUAAAUUUUAGCAUAGACUUCUCUUGGGAAUGAUAUAGAUGUAUAAUUUGGGGAACAAUAAAUUUCUUAAAAAUAGUCCAAAACAACCACAUAACUAGCUUUAUAUACUAGGUCUUGCUUGACCUUACAUAGACCAGAGUCAUAAACCUUCUUUGCAAAUCUACUGUCCCUUUGGCCCCACAUCAUAUUGGAACUUAGCAUGUACUAUUGGAAGAAAAUAAUAAAAACAGAAAUAAUUUUAAAUGAUACAAAUGCCAGAUAACUUUACUCAAAAUGAGAUAUAAUCGAUGCCUUCACUUUGGUACAGUUUUCCAGCUAAGCUCAAAAUAAAUAGCUAUAAUUAAACAAAACAAUAAAAUUUCUGAGUUGGCGAAUGCCCAGGGAGUACAUUUUUCUGCAGCAAUCAAAGGUGUAAUAAAAAACAUGAGGCAUAAAAGCUGAGCAGGACAUCUGUCUACCUGAGAAACACCUGCAGUGACAGUAUAUUGGCUGGAUUCAAACAAUGGGCAAUGUGAAUGUCUACAGAUAAAGAACUGGUGAAAAAGUGCUUACAAAUCUUGUAGCACAGAGCACAAUUAGAUAAGUCCGGACAAUAAGUAUUCUAUAUAGGUAUUUAUAUGGAGGCAUUUCUUCUGCAGUGGAAAUCUGGGAAAUUUUUAAUGGGAGUGAUAGCUUGAUAAUUCAGUCUACAGCUUUGAAAAUCACAUCACAUUUGCUUGACUUUGCUAAUGAAAAACUCACCUGUCCUUUCUAGUAGAAUUAAUUUCAGUUCUCUUAGAAAUAUGUACUGGAAAGGAGAUUUAUACUAUCUCUAAAGACAGCUCCCUCUCUGCUGCACCUUCUACAUUGUCACCAAGCAUGAUGUUAGGUUCAAAGUAUUCUAGAUUCAGAGUAACUUGGAAAAUCAUAAGGUCAUCAAAUAUAAAAGUUGAUGAUAAGUAUAAGUUUCAUCUUUUAAGUGCUAGGUUAUACUAUAUCUUUCUAUUAAAGUUUCUAGAAAUUUUUGAUUAAAUCCAGAAAUUAGGAAAGCGUCAGAUUUCAAACUACAUGGUAUAUCAUUCUUUUCUGUUUCUCUUGGGGCUUGAGUGUAGCCUCUGAAUGUGCGAGGCAGUACAUUAUAGCCCUAAUAUUCCCAUGUACCAUCUGUGAUUGGGAAAUCUCUUAGCAUCAGUAUAAGACGUGCACUCCUCAUGAAGUCUCAUGAAGGAAACUGCGGCUGAACACCGAGGCCUAUUCUGAUAACCUUUCAUUGCAGGCUAAUUUCAAAGAUCGACUUUCAACUCGUUAUAAACGAAAAACCUAAAACUGUGACUAUGUAAUUAAGUUCCCACUAGGGUCUCCAAGUCUCUUAAUAAUAAUGUUCUCCAGAUUCAACAGCAAGCUGCUGAAAAGGAUAAGUUUCGACAACAGGAAAGAUGAAACUGGGUUCUUAAACCUUCACUUUAAAGACUGGAGAGAUGGCUCUGGCAGUAAGUGCUUGCUAUGCCAACAUGGAGCUCUGGCUUGAUUACCUAUACCUGCAUAAAAAGCCAGGUAAUGGGGGUACCCUUAUAAUUCUAGUCCCAGAUGGAGAAGGUCCCUGGAGCUGUCUAGCCAGCCAGUCCGGCCAAAUAUGCAAGUUCCAGGUUCAGUGAGAGACUUUAUCUCAAAAAUGUAAAGUGGGGAGUGAUUGAGGAAUAUAUACAAUGUUGACUAAGUAGAUUCUACAUCCAUUCAUACAUAUUAAUGUGUAUCAACACACACACACACACACACACACACAGAGCCUCACUCACCUCACUUUCUAGGUGAUCUCAUCUCACCUAACUUUGCACUCAGCAUCUUCUCAAACAUCUACAAUGUUCUGCUAGAUGACAAAGUCAGCAAACACAUCUAAACAAACUACACAGUUACUGCCCCUUGCCAAAAACCAAGCACCAGCCCUCCUCCCAACCUCUCUUCCUGGUUGGUUACCCCAUAUGUAAAUACACAAACAUGUUCUUCAGGACUUUAUUUAAAGUCAUAGUUCAAUUUCCACCAGAGUCAUUCCUUCAGCCUUUCUACUUCCCCAAGCAUUCUGAUCUUUGGUGUCUCAUUUUGAGACUGGGGAUUGUAGUUCCCAUGGAUACGGACUUCUGCACUGUGGCAAUGUGAGAGAAAUGAGAUCUGAGAAUUUUCCUGGUGAAAUCGACCAUUCUGUAUCAGUAUUGUAAUAAGCAAUUCUCUGGGUGGACAAAAUGGGCAUCAGACCCUGAAUUUGAAUGAAAUCCACAUGUUUUAAUCAGCCUGUCCUUGGUUAAGAUGGCCUACCUAAUACACGGUCAGUAAUCAAACAGCCAUUUUUGUUGUAAAACCAGAAAGUGUUCUGUUAUUAAGAAAUCAGAUUCACCCAGUUAAAAAGAAUGUAGCUUGCAUGCUAUUUCAACAUUUUCAAGUAGGAAAAUGGCUGCAGCAUCAGAUAUAUUUACCUGUAUAUCACACAUCAGGGGGCAACAUUUAUUCAGAGGAAAGGACUGCUUCUUUUACGGCUCUUUUCACAAAGUUAUUGUUACAUCUUCAACUUUGAGACAAAUAGCCGAGGUUGCUAUUUAAUAGAAUAUGAUAACCUGACUGCCAGCUUCUCUCAGUAUCCUUCAGUCCCACCCAUUACAGGGUAUGGCUAGUAUACCCUGGCCCUGCUUUCUAUCCUGAACUCUCCAGCCCAGGGGCUGAGCUGCCCUACCCCAGUGGCCCUUCCCUAUAUAAUCCAACCUUUUGGCUACCCUGUUCCCCUCUCUUCCCUCUCUUUUCCCUUCUGCCCUCUCUCCUCAGGCUGUCCAGGGUCAUGUCUACUCUGGACUCUCCCAGAUGCCCUUUUCCUCAGAUUAUGCUCCCCCUGUAUUCACAGUAAACAUUCUCUUCCACCAUAUUUAGGAGCAGUCAUGUCCUUUUUCAUUUCUUUUUUUUUCCAUUCAGUUAUAGAAAGUUUCAGAUUAGGGUUUUGUAUGUUGACACAAAAUAACAAAGGGUCUAGAGUCACUCAAGAUGUGCAAAGUCUUCUACGUUUUCAUUUUGAGCCGUUGGGUAAAAUUAGGAAAGAGAACAUGUAUGCAAUUAGAAAGCAGUGUAUGUAACAGGGCGUGUCGUAAGUUAAGCUUGUAGAUGUUACCCUAGAUGUUAGAAAUUUAGAGAGAGGACGAGAAUGAGAGGCCUAAAUGCUUCUUUUCCUAAGCAAUCCACAUAAAAAUAAACCUUUAUCUUAAGAGAAAUAUGAAAUAGUUUAAAACAUGAAUCAUUUUACAAAUGAACACACCUAAUAAAGUCCAAAAACCCCUCCCUUGAACAUUCCACAAUAAAUAAGGUAACACUAAUAGAAAACUGUGACUCCAAACAGUACCCAGUCAGAUGAGACUCUCAUCUGUAGGCAGUAGACGCUUGCUCUGUGGGACUAACCUUCUUGCCCGUCAUGGGAAGAUGAGUUGCUCAUGCUGUACGGUGGUAUCCCCAGUGGGAAACUGCCACAUUGGGAUCAAAACACCAGGAGGAAAAAAGAAGUGUAGACAGUCUAUUUCUAUGGAAACACGAAUAAAGGAAGGCCAGAAAGAGAAGGGAAUGCAAAUAUUACUUGCAGAAAUAGGUAACUUUUAGAGAUAGUGUGUGAUGGAGAUGGGAAAAGUUUGGGAUUCUAUGAAGAUUAAGUGGACUCAUUAUGAGGAAGGUUUAACGAUUUUUAGGGAUAGGAUUGGACAUUUGUCUUGGUGUCUUGUUAGUUUGCUAAGAUCUUGUCAGAGGCAAAAGAAUGAUCUAGAUACAUCUUGACUAUGGUUUAGUAAUAGUUUACAUGAUGUUUCUUAAUGCUUUAGGAAGCAUACAUUUAACCAUUCUCCAGCUGAUGCCUGAGUCUAUUCCCGGCGCAAUGCCCAACAGCGUAACCAGCCACUCAUCUAUCAGCUCUUCUUCUUAAGUAAGCUGUGAUCCUCUAAGCAGUAUUCCAGGCUCUGUGGUCACAGCAGCUGACAAGGCAAUGGUCUAGGUCCUAGUGUCAGCUCUGUCACAUGAUAGCCAUCACUUGUGUCAUAUUCACAACCAUCCUGUAGGAGGUGCAUCCCCUUCAUCUCACAGGUAGGAAAAAUGGAGGAUCACAGAGGGUGAUCAUGUUCGGGGAUUUAUUCUAAGUUCUAAACUCUUAGCCAUCCUACCAUUUACUCUGUUUGUGAAAUUAGUCUAAAAUUUUCAGUUGCUAACAAUGAGAUCCACAUUUUAAAUCACGAAUAUUUCCUGUGAAGAAGAGAGGGAAAAGAGGAAAGCUACAAAAUUAUUAAUUUAUAGCCUACAUCACUCAAGGCAUGUAAGAGUCAUAUAAAUACUAAGCUGAAGAGAGUUAUCUCUAAGAGCUGGUUAUAGUGCAUGGUGGUAUAAAAUGUCUGUAUUUUGUUUGCUUGAUAUCCAAGCACAUUGUUUUUUUGUGUUCUUGUAGAAGGGAAACCAGUCAUGCAAAUACUCACAUCAACCCCUGCUCAUCUUUAGUCAGUGAAAACUAAUUUGGGACAAUAUUUCUUUAUCCUUUUGCUAAUGAUACAUAGAUUUCAGCCUGCGGAUUGCAAGAAGGUUAGCCAACUGUUCUUCAAAUAAGGCAGUUUUCCUGAACUUUACACUUACACUAUAGCAAACAUGGCACCUCCUUUGUGCACAUUAUGCAUGUGCCCAAUUACUGGUAAACUGAGACCUUUGGCUUCCCAUAAUGCUCUCUGGAGUCCAGUAAAAGUCACCUUUUUGGCCUUUGUUUCUGGACCAGAUUUUGGGACUUAGAGAAUUAAGUGAUUUUCUAAUCCUUCUCAUGAUAAAAACUGCGUGAGCUUCCUCAAAGAAGGAAUACGUUUCUUUGAACUUCUCACUCUUUCUCCUGACUUUGGAACAGCUUUUUUCAACUGUGGGUGCGGGUGCAAGAAUCCCAAAGGAAAGAAUUGUCCUUUAAGUAAGCACACAUCUCCAAAACUCACAUCUCAUUGCCUCUUAGAACAAGCAAACACCACUUAGAUAAUGUUAGCAGAAUGGUCCUCAUGCUUGCAUUUCGGUUGGUGUGUUUUCUAAUCCUAAUGGUUUCUAUCCUGGGCUUGUUUCAGAAGUGCUUAUGUUUAGUCCUGGGUAUUUGUUUGUAAAGGUCUGUUGCCUCUCUUUAAAUACUUUAAAUCCUCAUUUCAAUAGUUAUAUCCCUAGUUCAGAAACUCAUGGAAAAUAUAUUUGUUUGGUUUUUUUUCUUUCCUACUGGAAGAGCCUCAGAUUUGGCAGCCCUGAGGAAAUCCUUGAUAUCUGACAUCAGCAGAUUAUCUUUGCAACUGACCUGACUCACUCUGAAGUAUCCCCUUAGAGGACAGCUCAUCUGAGUAGGUUUUUUUUUUCUUUUUUUUUUUUUUGACCUUGGGCUGUCAAGAUCAGAUUUGGACCAGAAUGUUUACUCAGAAACAAAGGAUUAUCUCUGAGAGGUUACUGCAUUCUCUUGGCUAAACAGAAAUUUUCCUUCUUCUCAAGGUUUUAAGCAUAAAAUUAAUUUUAAAACAGGCUGCAGAGAAAGUAUUCCAUUGCCUGCCAAACCUUCUGUCAUGAGAUUUUUCUGUUCUUCCAUGUUGGUAAACAGUGUAUCCAUGGAGAAUAAAUAAGAGAAUUUCAGCAACUGUCUUGUGAGGGUUAGAUGUGCUGUUGGUAUUGUUGACGCUUCUUCUUAUAUAGCGUGCAUGUUCCAGAGAGCAUCUUCUUAAUGGCAGCAUCAUCUGCCCUCUGUAUCUAUAGCUAACAAGCCCAGAAAACAGAGCUUAAGAGUUGGGAUAAAAACGUUUUCUUUGGACAAAAGUAGGGUGAUUAAGUAUUAAUUAAAAUUUCUAAUGAAAAAUGAUCAGGAUUCCUUUAGUUUUCAUUUUUAUUAUGAUUACUUGCUUUAUGUACUUUUACAAACAAUGACUUGGAAACUUAAACUUAGUGACAUCUCUGCUGAAAAUACACGCAUUGUAAUUUAGGAUAAAAGCAGCCUUAAAAUAGAGGAGGUAAAAUAUAAUUGGUCAACAAUAGUCACGUUCAUUUCAGUAAUACCUUGAGAACGCCAAUGGGUGGCAUCUGAAGUGUUUUAAACCAUCUUGCUUUUGUCUCUCGCUGUAUAGAGUUAGAGUGAGGCUGGUAAACUGCCUAUUACAGUAAUGGACAAUCUAAAACAGUUUUGUGUUUUGGCUACAGAUAAAGUCUGGUAAAAAGCACUGUAGACCUUUUUGAUCCAUCUUUGUCUUUAGAGCCAUUCUUACCAAUCAAUAAAUUACUUCUGUGGAGACAGAAAGUGAUCUAUGAUACCCAGCACACUGACAUGCAAGCCCAAAUACUCGUUGUUUGAAGUUUCUCGUGCUUUCUGUGUUUAAUUGAAGCAAUUGUUGUAUUGUUCUCUGGGUUAUGCUUCUAAUACCUGUAACACUGAGUUGUUUUGAAGUUAUGUAGUAUGAGUCAUACAUUCACUUGAUUUCUCAUUUCAACAUCUGCCAUUUUGUAGUUCACUAUGAAAUUGCUCAACUGAUAAUUAAACUGUGUACAUUAAAGAAAUAAAACU